UCCGCCGGGCGGUGUGCGCGGAGAACCAACUUCCGGGUUCCGCGAGGUUCUCACCGGAGAAGAUGGGGAAAGUGCGAGGGCUGCGAGCCCGGGUGCACCAGGCCGCCGUGAGGCCCAGGGCGGAGCCCGCGGCCGGCCCCGCACCCCCGGCUCCCGGGGCGGCCCUUCCACCGGCCUCGGCGGGCGGAGCGGGUGCGAAGGACUGGGGGUUCAUCCACACCAACGUCUUUGCCGGGACCCAGAUAGACCCGAGCGCCCUGGUGCAGAGGCUGGAGGUGGACACGAGAAGUGUGGCCUCCUUCGGGAGAGGUGCUGAGCCGAAGGCCAUUUUGCCCAAGAAGGAGAAGCUCAAGCAGCGGCGGGCGCGAUGGCUGCAGAAAAUUGAAGCCAUCAAGCUGGCCGAGCGGAAGCAUAAGGAGGAGCAGAAGCGCAGGGCCACAGUGGUGGUGGGGGACCUGCACCCCCUGCGAGACGCCCUGCCGGAGCUGGAGGAACUGGAGCCCCACCGCCCACCACCGCCCAAGGGCAGGGUGAGCAGCAAGCCCCGGCCAGCCGAGCUCAGCCGCAUGAGUGCAGCCCAGAGACGGCAGCUCCUUGAGGAAGAAAGGACCCGGUUCCGGGAACUGCUGGCCAGUCCGGCCUACAGAGCCAGUCCCCUGCUGGCCAUUGGGCAGCAGCUGGCCCUCCAGAUGCAGCAGGAGGGCGUCAGCCAGCUGUGACCAGAGCUGUUGCCCUGUUCCCCAAGGCCGCACCCUCAGCAGUGCCCUCCCUGCAGGGCCUUCACCUCACCAGCGGAGAGCAGCCUCCCUUCGGCUGGUGCAGCCUUCGUGACCCCUGUGCUGCUGCCCAGGGCACCUGCGUCGGGGUGGAGCUCGGUGUGGCUGAGAUGGAGGCUGGGCAGGGGCUGCAUGUGCCCCACGGGGCCCUCAGGCCUGGCCUCUCCGCCGUCGGACACCAAGCACGGGCUCCCAGCUUUGCCCGCAGAGGGAAUCUGAUGGUGCAGAGGCCUGGCUGGGCUGCCUGGCUGAGCUCCUCACAGAUGCCUGCAGCCGCCCUUGGGGCCCCACCUGGCACCCGUGUGCUGCCCCUGGGUCGCCGAGGCCCCUACUGCUCCUGUCCCCUCGUCCACACCACCCUUGCCAGGGCUGUGGCCUCCUGCCGCUGUCAGCCUGCUCAGUUGUGCUCCUCACCACCUUGUGGGGCCUUUCAGCCAGCCGGCAGGGUGGUUUCACACAACUGCCUAGCCACUCGGGUUUGCGGUGGCUGUCAGGCCUCCUCCUCAGGAUGCAGAAGGGGAGGAGUUGUGUCCCGGCCCCAGAGUCCCGUGGGCUCUUCACUCGCCCAGCUGUACCGCUGCUGUGCAGGCCCCUUGCCCAACGGCCAGCAGGGGCCCUGAGAGGCUCAGGACCACAUGCAUCUGAGGAGGGCCGGGCACCAGUGCCUGUUGCCCUCCUGCCUCUCGUGUCCGUGUCCCCAGCCUCCCACGCUGUGGCCAGCGUGCUCAGGCUGGCCCUCCAGCAGCACCCACAGCCUGGCAGUGUGGCCGAGGCACAGUUGGAGCCCACGUCCUGGGCCCCCUUUCCCGGGAGAGCAGCAGGACUCCACAGACACAGUGUGGACACCCUGGAGGCACCUGGCACUGAAAAGGGACAAACCGGGGCUCAGCAGGCAGCAGAUCCCAAGUCCCGAGGUCCAGGCGAGACCAUGCCCCCAGGCAUGUCCGGCUGCCGCCUCCACAGCAGAUUCCCAGUCUGGAGGUGGUGUCGGUGACACCUCUUUCUGCAGGAAGCAUGGACAGCCUGCGGGUGCACAGCCUGGCGGGUGGCGGGUGGCUGUUCUCAGGCUCUGCGUGCAGCUGGGUCUUGCAGCACGUGUACCUUCACGUGUGGCUGUGUGAGCCGUCCCCUGCCUGCUGGGUCUGAGGCAACGUGGGCCUACAUAGCCUUCGGCCACUGUCCCUCCUUCCCGAGGACCAGGGCCUUCCCUUCAGGGUCCCCCGGGGAAGCAGCAACAGCAGCAACUGGGGCAUGGGGCAGACUUGGCGGGCAGGCUGGGCCCUGAGGGACACGUGAGCUGAGGGUGACAGGAGGGACCACCAGACUCCUGUCAUCUGAGCAGCUGUGGAUGUGGGGGCACCUUGCGUUUGUGCAGGGCUCAUGUCCAAGCACCUGCCAGCUGGGAUGCCCACAGGGCCAGGCGCCCCAUGCACCCAACAAGGCACACGGACCCUCCACGUGUGGGCAGACGCAGAUGCCCCGAAGCAGCAGGCCUGCGAGUGGACCACUAGGACCUUCGCGGUUCUUGUGUAUUUUCUCUUUGCAGAAUGAGUGAACAUGAAUUACUUUCUAAUAAACUUAAGUGGAAAAGUUUUA